AUGCUUUUACGCGACGACGAGAUGGACGCACUGGAGGCGGCGCUGUCGUUCAUGGAAGACUCGCCACACGACGCCGUAGCACACGGCAGCAUCGAGCUCUGCGUACCGUACCUCCCUGUGUGUCCCCCGUCGCGUUCAACGCCUCAAACGAGUCGAGCGACCAAUGACGAGCAGCGAGAUGGGGCUAUGGCUGACGAGGAGCUAGAGAGCCUCUUGCUGGAAGUGGGGCUGACAGGCUCUUUGAGUGUGUCUUCACAUGCAAAUGCAGUGAGCUCUGCAGCUGGCGCGUGUCUCGAAGCGAGUGCUGUAACUAAUGCGAUAAUGAUAUCGGCUGCAGGUGACCAACCCAACUCUCAAGUCAUCGCGCAGAACGACCGCUAUAGGUGCAAAUCAAUUGGCGCGGCACGCCGGAAACUCAGCAGCAGCGUCAAGAAACGGGUGAGACUGAAUCCGAAUCGAGCGCGCGACAAUCGAAAGAACGAACUCGCCUAUCUACGCAACAAAGUGAAGCAAAUGCAAGACCAGCUCUUGUUUCUUCGUCAGCAGUCCGUUGAGAGCAAAAGCGUGACCGUGACGACGACCUCUACCAAAGCUAUCGUUGACCCAUUAACCGCGAUGCCAUCCGUCUGGCGUGACAUGGCACUGACACAGCAGCAACGACGGGAAAAGGCAGAGCGCGAAAACGCGCGAUUGAAGCUUGUUUUGGAGAGUCAGAUCAAGCUGGCCAAGAGUAUGGAAGCGGUGAUGCAGAGACGAACGCGGCAGCAGUUGGCCGGCUUCAAUGGUAUUGGAGGUGAGGCUGUUAGUGGUGCACCGAGCUCUACAUGGGACCUGCUUUUGGACAAAGACACAUACGAGACUUUGCUAGCUCGUGCCGAGGCAGCGUACCAUGAGGUGGAUGAAGUUCUUGCUGCGAACGGGCUCAAGUAUCUCAAAACCGCGUGUACAAAUGCUCGACUACGUGAAGGUAUUGAGGGGAUGUAUGUCGAUAUUUUCACCAACAAGAUGCUGCCAUUUGACUACAAUACGGCAGCUGAGGCGGUCUGGACUCACUUUCGUGGCAGUGAGAAGCACCGCGGUAAUUUGUAUGAAAAUUUCUCCAAGGACAUUGAAUCGUCGUCCGACACGGUGGCCGAAAUGUUUGCUAUUGAAUUCAUGGCAAACGACCUGGCUGCUGAUUUCCGCGUGAAGCAGGUCGUACGACGCUACAUUGAGGAUGACCGGCAAGUCGUAGUUUGGGUGUCUAUUGCAUCAGCGCUGGAGAACUCAAAGUCGCCGUUUGCCAGCUUCGGGUUUCGCGAAAAGGGCUAUGUCAUUAGCAAGCGCGUUCGAGGUCGUGACGACUUCUCGAUGUUCCAGACGUGUUGUUUGGUGUCGCCCGAGAUGUCCGGAGCUGGUUCGUUCGACCUAUCCACAGUCGGCACCUUCACCGAGUUCGUGCUAGGCUUCAUGUUUGCCACUAUCACAUCCAGCCAGCAACUCAUUGAGAGCAUGCUGAUGGACCAGUCGUUGAAUCUGAAGCGAGUAGCGUCGUCGUGCACCUGA